CCCAACUCCACCAGCACCAACGCCAACCCCAUCAUCGUCAACACCACGACGACCACCGCCACAUGCACAACCACCAAAAGCAUCAACCCCCCCACCAAAACAUCACAACUGUCAACAGCACGAGCACUAUCACUACCACCAAUGAUGCCGCCAAAUACAACCCUAACCCUAACCAUUCGCAUCACUCAAAGCAACAACACCAGCACCACCUUCGCUGUCAGCAUCAUCAUCAUCCACACCAAAAUGAACACUACCGCCGCUAAAACCACCGCAACCACUGACAUCAUCAUCGCUCGUACCAACAUUAGCACUGACGCCACAAUACGCGAGUUGUAUUCAACCUAUUUGCAUGCUUUCCCAAAAGCUGUUCUCCUCCCGGCUCCAGUAGACUGCCGUUUCGACCUCGCCUCGUCUCGGUCUCAGCAACAGCCCAAGCGGGAGUUGAACCAUGCCGUUGGCCCACAAAGUAGAUGUCAAUUUCAAGGAAGAUCACACCUUUUCAUUAUCACAUUCUGCGUUGGGAUUGUCGAUGAAGCCCAGUUAUAG